AUGACAGCAAAUCAGGAUCAAAAAGCAAAGCCUAGCGCUCUCCGCUCCAUCCUGGCGGGAUCCACUGCAGGAGCCGUGGAAAUCGCAAUCACAUACCCAGCCGAAUUUGCGAAAACCCGAACCCAACUCAAUCGCCAGCUUGCUCACGGUCAAAAGCUACCAUGGCCUCCAUUCGGAAGCCAGUGGUAUGCAGGAUGUACAACCCUUAUUAUCGGAAAUUCACUCAAGGCGGGAAUUCGAUUUGUCGCGUUCGAUGCCAUAAAGUCGGUCCUUCAAGAUGAGAAUGGCAAGAUCUCAGGACCAAGAACGGUUAUCGCUGGAUUCGGUGCUGGAUUCACUGAGUCCCUUCUGGCGGUAACUCCCUUUGAAAGCAUCAAGACUCAAUUAAUCGAUGACCGAAAGUCUGCCAACCCUCGAAUGCGCGGUUUCUUGCACGGUAGCAAGCUUAUUUUCAAGGAACGAGGUGUCAAGGGCUUCUUCCAGGGAUUUGUACCCACUACAGCAAGACAGGCUGCCAACUCAGCCACUCGGUUUACAGCCUACACAACAUUGAAGCAAUUUGCAGAGGGCUACACGGCGCCUGGCGAGAAGCUGGGUACUGCGGCCACCUUUGGCAUCGGCGGAAUUGCAGGUUUGAUCACUGUUUAUGUGACGCAACCGCUGGACACGGUGAAAACGAGAAUGCAAUCCCUCGAGGCCAGCAAGCAUUAUAAAAACAGCAUUGUCUGCGCUACUAAGAUCGUCAAGGAUGAAGGUAUCUUCACCUUGUGGUCUGGCGCCAUGCCUCGACUCGCGAGGUUGAUCAUGAGUGGGGGCAUCGUAUUCACCAUGUAUGAGAAGGUUAUGGAUGGGUUGGACCUCUUGGAUCCAGAGCGAAAGUAUUUGUAG